AAGGCUGCUUAUUGCAAAGCUGAUACACACGGCUGGAACCUUGGCAGAACUUCCCACCGUACUGAGGCCUACAAAGAAAAGAGAAAAAGAUGAUUUUGCAGAGUCUCCCUUUUGUGUGAUUGGCGUGUUACACGUGUGUGAGAAUACAGGGAACAGGACAGGACAUUCUGCCUUGGGAGAUCAGUGUUUCUUAUAUGGGCCAUUAAUUUUCAUGGUUCCUAAAACCAAGCAAAGCAGUUGACAUGAGUUAUCUACUUGGAUCGCUGCAGACUCAGCAAAGAUGCAACCAUCUAGAGAAUUCCGGGCUGCAAAACAGUCUUUCAGAGAAAGAGAUGGAAACCCACCUGUUACUGUGUUUAAAACUGUGUUAAAUCACCAGUGCUGUGGAAUAAAACCACAACUUCCAUUGACUUUUCCUGAGGUCACCUGCCAGCUACACUGGUACUGGGUAUAAUGGUGAAGGUCUUAAAGUCAAAUUUUCUGUCCUAGUUGUUGGCAAUCAAGCCUGUGAAGGGCAGGGAGGAUGCAGAACAUCAGGGAGGGUUUAUGUUGACUUUGUGCAAUUGGUGAGAGCUUUGAGUUAAGGCAUCCAGACUCUUGGGUACUGACUCAAUUCCCUACAGACUUUCUUUACAGCUUCAGCAUAUGGAGGAUUUUUGGCCUCCUUCAACCCCAGAGAACAAAUCUGCUUUAGUGUAAGGAAAAGAAGCAACCUCCUUCCAAAUAAAUGCCACCAAAUAAGUGAUAGAAUAAAAUUAUUUAUGGCUAGAUUGUGAUUGCCAGCUGCACUCUUGCGUUUAAGGAUGGGAUAAAAUUCCUCCAAACUAAGAAAGCUGUUCAGGCCAUCAGGAUAGAGAUGCCAUCUACAAGUGGGCACGAGACCGAGGGGUGGAUUUAACCAUGGACAGCAUUUCUCAGGUUAUCCAUAACUGUGAGACGUGUGCUGCCAUCAAACAGGCCAAGCGGGUGAAGCCCCUGUGCUAUGGUGGGCAGGGGUCCAAGUACAGGUAUGGGGAGGCCUGGCAGAUUGACUACAUCACACUGCCUCAAACCCGCCAAGGCAAGCGCUACGUGCUCACAGUGGUGGAAGGCACCACGGGAUGGUUGGAAACCUACCCUGUGUCUCAUGCUACAGCCCGUAACACCAUCCUGGGCCUUGAAAAGCGGGUCCUUUGGAGGCAUGGUGCCCCUGAGAGGAUUGAGUCAGACAAUGGGACUCAUUUUAAGAACAGCCUUAUCAACUCCUGGGCUAGGGAACAUGGCAUUGAGUGGGUGUACCAUAUCCCCUACCAUGCACCAGCUGCAGGCAAAGUGGAGAGCUACAAUGCACUGUUAAAAACCAUCUUGAAAGCAUUGGGUGGGGAAUCUUUCAAAAACUGGGAGCAGCAUCUGGCAAAAGCCACCUGGUUAGUUAACACCCGAGGCUCUACCAAUCGAGUGGGCCCUGCCCAAUCUGAGCCUCUGCAUAUAGUAGAUGGAGACAAAGUCCCAGUGGUGCAUGUCAGAGGUUUGUUAGGGAAGACAGUGUGGAUCAAUUCUGCCUUGAGUACAGACAAACCCAUUUGUGGGGUUGUCUUUGCUCAGGGACUAGGUUGCACAUGGUGGAUAAUGCAGAAAGAUGGAAGAACACGAUGUGUACCUCAGGGAGAUCUGAUUGUUGAGUGAGAACUACAUGUAAAUAUCACUGUUUGCUGAAUGUUAGUGCCAUUGUCUGUGUAUAGCUGUAUAUUGGAUGUGUUUGUAGAGUUAGAAUAUAUACAUAUUAGUUUUAGUAGUAAGCUGAUGAUACGGGGAUAAGGGGUGGAAUGUCCUAGGGUGACUGUAUGAUGCUUUUAUCCCCAAUUGUCUGUUCUGUUUAUGCUGAAUAAUAAGUUUUGCACCUUUAAGACUUGUCCCAGGAGUGAAGCGGGGAGAGAAGAAGCGCGGAGUUUGUUUUCAGAAACGGCACUCACUCCUCCACAUUCCUGCUCCUGGACUGUGUUGUCUGGGGAUGGACAGACAGCGAGACAGGGCUCUCCUUUGCUUUUAGGUAGUUUUAGCUAGCUGAGGCAAAGAAGUUCCCUGGACUGUGGCUUUUCCUUUUCUUUGGACCUGCUCAAACCUGCUCUGGACUGAACAGCCAGAAGAGCACCGGCAGCUCGUACCUGUGGCCAGCGGGCCGGGCCUGGGCCAUGGCAUUUCCAGCGCCAGAGGGACUGAUAAGUGACUGAGUGAGCCGAGCUGCAGCUCAGGGAGGGGACUUUCUGAGUUUGUCUCUCUUUUGGAGUGGCAAGAAGCUUUACUGUUUAAUAUUGUUUAGGUUUUCUUGUUUAAUAAACAGUUUUUUCCACUUUU